CAAAGUGUGAAGCAGCUGGAGAAGAAAGCCCCGACAUUGCACGUCUGACAAGCAGCAGUGCCUAAUAAAACUAUCAAAAAGAGAGAACGCAUUAGCAUCACUUCAAUAAUACGAAAACAGCAAACGUGCAUUACGGCAUACACAAGUCACGAAAUAAUUGUCGGUGACUCCCACUUAAAUGCUUCACAAUAAGAGGAAAAGUUAACCAUUGCUUCAAACAGAGGGUUCACGCUAACACAAUACAGAACUCACAGCAUUCAUUUCCAAAGGUCUAGAAAUAACAAAAAAAAGCGAAGCCAUACAAUGUGGCAAAUGAACACACGUUGAUCACAAAGCCAGUUACAACUCCUGCUUCGUGUCCUUGGAAGAAUAAUAAAAUGUUACACCCUAGCAACAAACAGCAAUCGGAGAAUUAGUUGCGUCGUUUGGACUGCGUUCUGGGAAGACACUAUCAGACUGGACAUAUUGCAGUGUUAUUUCUGCGAGUGCUUGUGUGACGCACAAAUUUCAUAUAGGAGUGUGUCCUUAAGCGCGUGCGAUGAUCCGGUUAUGUGACCAAAAUACGCGGAUACUGGGAUUUCACUGAGAAGCCAACAAUGGUGCUGAUGUCAUUCGGGCGACUCGCUGUCGCUGUCGCGGCCCACAUACUUCUGGGACUCUUGGCCCUCGAAAAACCGAGAGUCCUGGCGGAUGACAUCAAAGGUAUUGGGGAUUUUGACUACGCCACCCCUGUGCAUAAAGGCCACGAUGAAAGAACGGGUAUAACUGGCGAAGCGACGAAAGUUACGGAGGCUUACCGGCCCAAGACACACCCGGUACCAGUCACUAGACCUCCUGCGGAAGGCCCGAAGCCUGUGCCAGCCACGAGGCCCGGUCCAUCUGAGUGCCCUGAAGCGCUCAAGCAGCGCUGUCGAAGGACAAACCAGGCCUGCGUCAUGAAGAACAAAAUGGCGGUUUGUGUAGCUGUAGAAGAAAAGAAAGAAACUACAAGCGCCAGUGGUGCGCCCGAGUGCCCUGAAGCGAUCAAGCAGCGUUGUCGAAGGACAAACAAGACCUGCGUCAUGAAGGGGAAAAUGCCGAUUUGUACAACUGUAGAAGAAAAGAAAGAAACUACAAGCGGCAGUGGUCCACCCGAGUGCCCUGAAGCGAUCAAGCAGCGUUGUCGAAGGACAAACAAGACCUGCGUCAUGAAGGGGAAAAUGCCGGUUUGUUCAAGUCAACCCGAGUGCCCUGAAGUGGUCAAGCAGCAUUGUAGAAGAGCAAACAAGACCUGCGUCCUGAAGGGGAAAAUGCCGAUUUGUACAGAUGUAGAAGAAAAGCAGGAAACGACAACAACCAGCGCUCCAGCGACAACACCUAUGACUACAACCGCAAGUCCUUCUAUUUGCCCCGAGAGGGCGAAACAGGUCUGCGCCCAGGUAGGAAAGGACUGUGUCAUGCGAAACAAGAUGGCCGACUGUGUGGAAAAGAAGAACCAACCGUGCAACGACAUCCUGAAGCAAACUUGCCAUGAUAUAGGCAUGAAGUGCGAAGCAAUCCUUGGAAAAGUGGCUGUAUGCGUAGAUACAGACAACAAGAAGUGCAACGAAGAAAUCCAGAGGAAAUGCGCGAAACUCGGAAGGGUAUGCCGCGAGUACAAGGACGGCGUGAUGUGCGGUCCAAAACAAGCAGCGACAACUACGAAAGCGCCCGCCAUGUGUAACGACAAGAUGACAAAGCUUUGCGAUAGCAAGAACCAGGACUGCGUGUUAACAAAGGGAAUGCCCAAUUGCGUAGAACGGGAUCCCCGAAAAUGCAACGCCCAGAUGAUAAGGGUGUGCGCUCGUGAAGGGAUGGAGUGCGAGGUUAUCGACGGUAUCUCUGUGUGUACGGUUCGAAGCGCAACAAAAUGCGACGAGGAGUUAAGGAAGAAAUGUGGCAAAAUUGGGAAAGCGUGCGACGAUGGAGACAACUUCGUCCUCUGCAGAGACCCACGGCCCCGAGGUUGUCCGGACGAACACAAGAAAAGGUGCGCUAAAGUCCAUCUCAACUGCAUAGAGAUCAAGGACGGCCCGACAUGCACAGACCCCAGCAAGCAGACUUGCGAUAAAGAAAUGACCAAUAAAUGCCACUUAAUGGGAAAGAAAUGUGUCGAAGGGGAGAACAAGACAUUCUGCUCAGAUCCAGGUAAACCGCCACAACCAUGUAACGUGGCAGAAACCUCGAAAUGCAAGAAGGAUGGGAAAGACUGCGUCCUUAUCGGCGACAAAGCGCAGUGCACUCCUCCAGGCAUGUCGCCAAAACCAUGUGAUGCAACCGACAACGCGAAAUGCAAGAAAGAUGGGAAAGACUGUGUCCUCAUCGGCGACACAGCACAAUGCAUUCCUCCAGGUUUGCCGGCAAAACCAUGUGAUGCAACCGAAAACGCGAAAUGCAAGAUGGAUGGGAAAGACUGUGUCAAAAUCGGCGACACAGCGCAGUCACAGUGCAUUCGCGAGUAUAAUUUUUAA